AUGUCCAUGACGAUGGCGACGAAGAGUGAGGCUGCCAUGACGACCGCUGAUCCAUAUGUCGGCCUCACCAUUACCGCCUUCGAAGGCGGCAUAACCACACGCAUAAUCACGCACCCGAAGCACCCCUCCCGCGUCUUCGCCUACGAAGUCACCUUCCUCCUGCAGCACCCGCGCGUCGUGCAGGUCGCGACCCAGAAGCCGCCGCUGCACUUCCACCCGUACCAGGAGGAGUACCUCCAAAUCGUCGAGGGCCGGCUGGCCGUCGAGGUCGAGGGGGUCGAGUCCGUGCUGGGGCCCGACGACGGCGAGUUCUGCCUUAGGCCGUGGUCGAAUCAUCGGCUUUAUGCGCCUACUGUGGCGGAGAAGGAGGGAGAUGUAGAUAGUGGGACUGGAACUGGGACUGGGAGCGAGAAGACGGUUUUCUUGCUGUCGGGCCAGUAUACGGAUGCGGCGUUCAGGCUGGAUACCGUCUUCUUCGAGAACUGGUAUGCGUACCAGGACCAGAUCGUGGUGCAGGGGGAGAAGGUCGAUCUGGUGCAGGUCCUGAGUAUGUUCGAUGCCGGCGGAUCAUACCUCUCGUUACCAUGGUGGGUGCCACUCGGACGGACAAUAUCGCGAGCGCUGGGUAUCGUGGUUGGAAGAUGGAUAGGCGGGCUGCUGGGUUAUCAGCCGUUUUACAGGAAGUGGACGACGGAUUGGGAGUCAGCUUGCCGCAAGAUGGAGAUGUCGAUAUUCCAAAGGCGAUUUGCGGACCGCGCAAAGACGGCAUAA